CCAAUGACCCCAUCCGCUCAGAGAACUGUCUAGUAACACACAAAGCUUGAUUCCUCUUCCCAAAUACUGAUGGCUUUGAACAUCAAAACGGGACCACAGAGCACACAGCGUCUGUUAAAGCAAUAGAAGAAACAGGAUUAACCCCAUCAUUUCCAUUCUGAACUGAGGGAUCUUUGGACGCCAAGACUCAACACACAGGCUUCUGAAUGAAUGAGUGGGUGGGCCAUGACGUCAAUGUGGUGGGACCUUUACAGAUCCCAACCAGCGAUGCAUUCCCUCUAUCAGAGGGCUCACACUUUUUUGAUAUUCUGGCAGAGCAGAACAGUCCUUUGCUACAUGACCAGGAAGUCAUGCCCUUCACCAGCUAUCCCAGCAUGCAGUACACCUCGGUGGAGCCCUCCAUGUCAUCACCAUCAUACUACUCCAAUCAGCAUUGCUACUCACAGUACAGUGGGGAGGAGUGGUACUCUACAUCCAAUGUGUUUGAGAUGAGGAAAGGACCGUUGGAAGGCAGCUUUGAUAAUGAGCUCGACGAGUCUUGCCCCGUAGUCCCGACUGCGUGUAAAAGGUCCAGACACGCAGCCCACUCCGGAAGGAGCAAAGGCGAAGAACUGUGUGUUGUCUGUGGAGAUAAAGCAUCAGGGUAUCACUACAAUGCACUCACAUGUGAAGGAUGCAAAGGUUUCUUCAGAAGGAGUAUCACAAAGAAUGCUGUAUAUAAGUGUAAGAGUGGAGGAAACUGUGAGAUGGACAUGUACAUGCGCAGGAAAUGCCAAGAGUGUCGACUCAGGAAGUGCAAAGAGAUGGGCAUGCUCGCAGAAUGCUUGUUAACAGAAAUCCAGUGCAAAUCCAAAAGACUGAGGAAAAACACAAAAGCCUCAUCUGACGAAAGUAUAGGGGAUGAUGUUGGUGAUAGUAGAGAUUCUAAACAGGUUGUAUCUACCACAAAAUCCUCCAAGGAAAAUAUAGAACUGAGCCAAGACCAGCAGGCUUUAAUAAGUUAUAUAGUUGACGCUCACAACAAGCAUCGCAUCCCUCAGGAUAUGGCAAAAAAACUGCUACAAGACCAAUUUAACACAGAAGAAAACUUCCUUCUACUGACCGAAAUGGCAACUAGUCAUGUCCAGGUGCUGGUUGAGUUCACAAAAAACAUACCAGGUUUUCAGUCUCUGGAUCACGAAGAUCAGAUCGCUUUGUUGAAAGGUUCCGCCGUAGAGGCGAUGUUCCUGCGUUCGGCCCAGGUUUUCACCAAGAAACUGCCCAACGGACACACAGAGGUGCUGGAGGACAGGAUCAGAAGGAGCGGAAUAUCUGAAGAGUUUAUGACACCCAUGUUUAACUUCUAUAAAAGCAUUGGGGAGCUGCAGAUGAUGCAAGAGGAACAUGCUUUACUUACUGCUAUCACUAUCCUCUCACCAGACAGGCCAUAUGUAAAAGACCAGCAGGCAGUGGAGCGUCUGCAGGAUCCCAUGUUGGAGGUGCUGAGGAAGGUCUGUAAGCUACAGCAUCCUCAGGAGCCCCAGCACUUCGCAAGGCUUCUCGGUCGUCUAACGGAACUUCGCACCCUCAACCACCACCACACUGAAAUGCUAGAGUCAUGGCGCAUGAGUGACCACAAGUUCACCCCCCUCCUCUGUGAGAUCUGGGACGUUCAGUGACUUUGUGA